AAAUUGCAUAUUCGUGCAGCUCACGUGAUCGAUCAGUCCACCUGGCAGGCAGCCAGAUCAAAACCCGCAUUUGAUGCAUUUCAAGUUACAUUUGAUCAUCGUAAUUCACAAUCACCAAAUUGGGAGUUGGGAACUAUUCCAAAUAAAUUUUUACUUUAUUCCGAUUUUGCAAUUCAAUUUUCACUGCCGAAUAUUAUAAUACAAUUUCUCGUCGGAUCCAACCCCAUUCCGCCGGAGAGAUAGAGAUACAGAGAGAGAGAGGAGAGAGAGUAAAGUGUGAUUAUGGUGAAUAAGCGCGUCCCUGAUUGGCUCAACAGCUCCCUCUGGUCCUCUCCCCAACCGCCCCCUUCUCCGCCGCCGCCGUCGCCGCCGCCGCUCAGCGCCGUCGCGAUUUCCGACCCUCCGCUUCUGAUCCCCCCGCCGCCGGCCAUCGCCAGGCCGUCCGAGCCUCCUCCUUCCUCCACCUCCUCCUCGCCGUACGCUCACGCUCCGAAAGGGGAAAAUAGGGAUCCGUUGACUAGUAGUUAUGCGAACAAUACUAGCGUUUAUUGCACUGAUGACGAUGAAGACGACGGCUCACCAUCAUACUCUGCGCCCUCUAACGGCGGUGAUUCAGGUGCGGCGGCGCCGCCUCCUCCAGCUGCUCAGGAUGUUUCUAGGCAGGCGCAGAUUUUACAAGAGCUGUCAAGGAAGGUUAUAAAUAUGGUAGAAUUGCGGAAGUUAGCAUCACAAGGCUUACCCGAUGGAGCUGGUAUUCGUGCAACGGUCUGGAAGCUCUUAUUGGGAUAUCUACCAACUGAUCGCUUUCUUUGGCCUUCAGAAUUGGCCAAGAAAAGGUCUCAGUAUAAGCAGUUCAAAGAGGAGCUACUGAUGAAUCCUUCAGAGAUUACGAGGAGGAUGGAAAAGUCAAGUCUCGAGAAUCAUGAACUCGAGGCUGGCAGUCCAGGUUUCAUGUCAAGGUCAGAGAUAAGUCAUGGAGAGCAUCCGUUAAGUCUUGGGAAGAGUAGCGUAUGGAAUCAGUUCUUCCAGGAAACUGAGAUUAAAGAACAGAUUGACAGAGAUGUCAUGCGCACUCAUCCAGACAUACACUUCUUUUCUGGGGACUCGACUUUUGCUAAAUCCAAUCAAGAGGCUUUGAAAAACAUAUUGAAUUUAUUUGCAAAACUGAAUCCGGGAAUAAGAUAUGUACAAGGGAUGAAUGAACUAUUGGCACCCUUAUUUUACAUGUUCAAGAAUGACCCAGAUGAAGAAAAUGCGGCUUCUGCUGAAGCAGACACUUUCUUCUGUUUUGUGGAGUUAAUGAGUGGGUUUCGGGACAACUUUGUUCAACAGCUUGAUAACAGUGUAGUUGGCAUCCGUGCCACCAUUUCGAGAUUGUCACACCUUCUAAAGGAACACGAUGAAGAACUAUGGCGUCAUCUUGAGAUGACAACAAAAGUCAAUCCCCAGUUUUAUGCAUUCAGGUGGAUUACACUCCUUUUGACCCAAGAAUUCAAUUUUGCCGACAGUCUCUUCAUCUGGGACACACUUCUGAGUGACCCCGAUGGUCCUCAAGAAACACUGCUCCGAGUUUGCUGUGCAAUGCUGGUUAUUGUGCGGAAGCGUUUACUAGCGGGUGAUUUCACUUCCAAUCUUAAGUUGCUGCAGAACUAUCCUUCCACAAACAUCAGCCAUAUUCUUUACGUUGCAAACAAGUUGCGGGCUCACUGAGUAGGCCGAUACUUUGUUUUUUCUUAUUCGAUAAAAUACUUUUAAAAGUUGUAUUUACGUACUUUUUGCCUGGUUCGUUUUGAGAAUCUAUUGCUUGUAAAAUUGCAGGAUGUAAAUGUAACUUGAUAGUGACAUCUAGGAAUUGUUAUUUUCGGUUAGACUUUCAACCCUUUGUCUUCGUGUAACUUACACUUCAACUCCAAAAAAAAAAAAAGAAUUAAAAGGGAAAAUUCUGAGAGAUGUAUCAAUACGAGUUCAUGUAAAAUUUUAUAAGCUCGAGCUGAACUCAUCGAGCCUACUUUUUUUGA